GGGAGCUCGUUUGCAUCACUUGAGAGCCUGAGUAUCCCUGGAGCGGUCGGCAGAUACAUUUCUGGCGGUGGGGAUAAACCGUGUGCCUUAGACGUUGCUUUGUCUGCCGGACGGGAGGAGGCUGCGGUACUGAAUCAUGGGUGCUUCAGCCUCUGCGAGACGGAACGGCGAGGGUCCCGACGAUGCGACAGCCGGGGAUCAAAACGUGGAGGCGAUUGAGGUGCAGGAGGGGGGAGGACGCCGAUGCCAAGCUGGUGCAGAAGAACGGUCAGAUCUCCAACCUGAGUGGUAAGACAGAAGAUGGCACGGGGGACUUCAACGGCCAAGCUGGGGAGAAGGGCCCAGAGGAAGUUGGUCAGGCGGACGCCGAGACUGAGAAGGAGGAUGCACCGGAAAAGAUGGAGGAGCUCAAAGGGGAGGCAGAUCCACAGGUAGAGGUAAUGAAGCAGGAGAAGGAAUCGGCUGGAACAGAUGAGCUGACCUCAGUGGACAAGGUAGGAGAAGAGGAGAAGCCAAGUGAAACGAAUGAGGUGGGAUUCAAGAAGAUCUUCCGAUUUGUUGGGUUCAAGGUCACACUGAAAAAAGACAAGAAUGAGAAGAAUGAGCCCGUGCAGCUGCUGACGGUAAAAAAGGAGGAAGGUGAGGCCAGUGCUUCUGAUGUUGCUGAGGAGGCUGCUACCGAGGAACCUGAAGAGAAGGGUCUCAUUGAAGCUUCCAAGGAGAACGGUGUUGUUGAGGAAGAUAAGAAGGAAGGUGCUGAGGAGGAAUCCACUGAGAAUGGCGCUACUGAAGAAAUCAAGCCAGAGGAGAGGAAGGAGACACCUGAGGAGCCUCAAGCUGAGGAAGUGGGAGCUGAAUCUCCCACAGCCGAGGAGACCACAGAGAAAUUAACCACAGAUACUGAGGAGCAGGCUGCUGAAACAGAGGAACCCACCGAGGAGGUUACUUCUGAGAAAGAGAGCGACGCUCCAACUGAGUCCCAGACCAGCCCUGCAGCCCAUGAAACACAGUCCCCACUGAAGAGAUUCUUUACACAAGGGAUCUUCUCCAAUUUGCGGAAGAAGACAAGUUUCAAAAAGACCAAAGAAGAGGAGCUCCAGAAGGAAGUGGCCAUCAAAGAGGAAAUUAAGGAGAUGGCCGAGGAAACAACCGAAUCCCCAAAAGAAGGAGAGGAAACAAAUGAGGAGACAAUGGCUGAAGCUCAACAGAAAGAGUCGGCCAGCGCAGAGGAAAGCAAGGCCGAACUCCUUCCAGAAGUCCCAGAUGAUGUGGUGGAACAAAAAGAGGAUGAGAUCAAAGGUGAGACUAAUGCGGAAGCUGAAUCUCCUCAGACCACCCUGGAAGAGGUUGCAGAAUCUCUGCCAACUGAAGGCGCUGCUGAUGUCACAUCUACAGAGGCAAAGGCUGAAAGUUCUGCUGAAGGACAGGAAAAUCAGGAGGAGGCCCCUUCGGCAGAAGUCCCCGCUGCAAUCACAACGGAAGCAGAACUCCUAUCUUCCCAAGAAAAAAACAAGGCCCAGGGAAGCCCGUUGAAAAAACUGCUCACGGGGUCCGGAUUAAAGAAACUUUCCUCCAAAAAACAGAAAGUAAAGAAAGAAGCUGAGGCCAAGCUGACAGAAUCUGGGGAGCAUGUUUCUGACCAGCUUCAGUCAUCCUGUGAAUCUGCCGAAGGACAGAAGGGAGAAAGCUCUCCAUCCUCCCCAGAGGAGUCAGUGGAGCACGUCAUUGGGGAGCCUGGACAAACAGAAAUGGCUCUUGAAAAUGAAGGUGAAGGAGAUAAGAAAAAAGACGGCAUUCUUCCAUGGGCCUCGUUCAAGAAGUUGGUGACGCCAAAAAAACGUGUAAAAAAGUCAUCGGACAGCGAAGAUGAUGCUCCCGAAAAGCCCAAGUCUGCGACAUUGUCCUCCACAGACAGUGCUGUCUUUGUUGAAAAGCAAGAAGAGCCAAAACCUGCUGAGGAGGAGCAGAAGACCGAACCCUGCACCGAAGAACCAAAAAGGAAGAUGGAUACAUCUGUAUCUUGGGAAGCUUUGAUUUGCGUUGGAUCUUCCAAAAAGAGGGCCAGAAAAACCUCUGACUCAGAUGACGACACUCCGAGAAUCGAGGAAGAACAGCCAAAAACUGCAGAAGCACUGCUUGGAAGUUCUCAAGAGGCAGAUCAGGAAAAUUUGGCAUCUUCCCCUGAACAGGCUGGGAGUCCAUCAGAAGGAGAUGGGGUCUCAACGUGGGAGUCACUGAAAAGGUUUGUUACCCCACGUCGCAAAGUGAAGGUAGAGGACAAGGCUGAGGAGGCCACUGCUGGUACCACCUCUGAGCAAAUACCCUCAGACAGUGAAAUUCCCAAGGAGGAAUCCUCCUUCUCACUUAAGAAGCUGAUCCCUGGGCGAAGGAAAAAGAAGUCAGAUGGAAAGCAAGAGCAGGUCUCUUCCGACGAGGCGGGGAAAUCUUUGGGUUCAGCCGAGGAGGACUCUGACACGCCUGCCGUGGUUCCGUUAUCAGAAUAUGACUCUGAACAAGUUGAGCAAGAUAAUAUUGCUUCAAAGGACACUGUAGCAGCUACAGAAAUGCCAGUCAGCACUACUGAGGCUGAAGAAUCAAAACAAGAGACCACAGUCCCAGAAUCUGAGGCAGAGAAACCCAUCGAUGCCGUGCCAAUCACUGGACCUCAGGUCAAAUCUGUGGCUGAUGCUGAAGAACGACUACCAUCCUGGAUAUCGCCAACAGCUGUGGCGGACAUCCAAGAAACAACAGAAUGCAUAAUUAAACAGCCACUAAGUGACAUACCAGAAGAAGGGGACACCAUAGCCACGCCCAAAUCCAUUGCCGAGGAAGCUUCCCAUGAUGACACCAUAGCCGAAGACAUUGUGGAGUUGACUUCCGAGGUCACGACAGCCGUAGAACAGGUGCCUGAAGUAUCCUUCACAGAAGAAACGACAGAAAUGGUUUCAGCAGUGUCCAGACUCACAGAAUCCCCUGGUACAUCUGGAGACACGACUCCAGUGCAGGCCGAAUGUGGUAUGGAUAAGACAGAAGCCAUACUGCUAGAAGCAGUACAGACUAUAACCCACACAGAAAAUGUCCAGUCCUUGACGAUGACAGACUUACAACAGGAGUCUGUUGCUGUUUCAGUUACCCCACAAGUUUUGGAGUCUGCCACGAAUGAGGAGGCCGUCAUUCUGCAGCUGCAUGCAAAAUCUGAAGCUGCUGCAAUCUGCACAGGCCUCGACUCUCAAGAAAUUGAGUCUGCUGAGGAGAAGCCACUGCAGGCGUCCGUGGAGAGCAUCACUGAAGUCGGCGAGGCUGUAUCCACAGAAGUGGCCGUUGAGGAGAAAGCGGAGAAAUCUGAAGUAGCGACGGCCAGAGAAGAUUGUGUGUUUGUGGCUAAAGUCCAGGAGCUCAAAAUAGAGGCAAGAGAACCAAAGCCAUUGUCUGAUGUAGAGGAGACUGCACAACGGGUGGAAGUGCAGGUAGAAACUGUCAAGGGGAUUCAAGACACUGAAGUUUUAUUAAUGGGGGAGGUUAAACAUAUGUCAGAUCACGAACAUGCAGAUAUGUUGCAAGAACCGAAACCCGUUAAGGUAGCUGUGGUCAAUUUAGUACAGGGCGCAUCUGAAGUUCUUGAGGAACCAGUAGUAGCAGAAAACACAUCCAAAACUGAGACAGAAGGCCCACUAGAUACAACAAUAGAAGAAUCUCUCAGUUCCCAUAUCGCCCACAUCACAGAAGUCUCUCUUGUGAAGGCUGAUGCACUGCAGGAAAUUGAAGCCAUUAAGGAGGAUGUUGCUGAGACGGAGGUUACUCCACUGGAAGUAGUGAACCAGUGUGUGAUACAGGAAGUGACUGUUUCAAUGCCGGAGCCCCCUACUGCUGAAAUUUCAGAUAUCAAGGAGGCUUCCAUUGCUGUGGUAGCACCAACAGCUGAACUGUUAGCCUCUAACGAGACAACCUGUGUCAUUGAACCACUGUCUGAGUCCGUUCCUUCAGAGAUGGCAGAGGUUAAAGAUGUGGUGGCGCUGGAAAGUGAUCAUGAGGUCCAGGUUAGUGUGACGGGCACAGAAAUCCUAAUUGUGGAAGCAGCUCUUGGAGCAGCGACAGACUCAGUUCCAACCAGCAUCGGUUCUACAGCUGAAGAUGUCCGUGUGAAAGAAGAGGAACUAAAGGAAAUGCUGGCAGAGCAGAUUCAGGAAGCAGAAACUGUAAAAGAGGACAGCACAGCUGUUGCUGAGGCGGUCAUCCAGAGUGUCGACUUGAAAAUGGAGCAGGUAAAGGAUGCAGGAAUUACUGCUGAGGACAGUGAUGCUGUAAGUCAGGUGGUGACCCAGAAGGUGGACCUGGAAGUGAUGCAAACAGAGCAGAAAAAGGAAGCGGAACAUGUCGAAGUGGAUGGUACAUCUGAUGCCGAGGUGGUCAGCAAGAAUGCAUUGGAUGACCUGUCAAAGCAAGAAAGUGAAUCAGGGAUCACUGAACAAGAGGAGGAGGGGAAGAAAAUGGUGCUAAAAGCGGAGAGAGAGGCAUCAGGUGAGAAAGAGGUCAAAGGAGAAACGGAGGAACCCAAAGAGCCUGUUCUCCCUGAGACGGUCCAAGAAGCUGUUCAAGUGGAAACAAUCAAAGUUAGUCAAUCUGAAGCCACAGAAAGCUCUGCAGUCCUAGCGGAGAUUCAUCAUGAAGAUAUUAUCGUCAAGCCUUCAGAGGAAAACAUACAGGAAACAGAUGUGACAGCUCAAGAAAAUGAGACACAAACUCAAGAGGAACAAGCGGAGGUCAAACAAGAAGGUCUGGCAACCCAAGAAGCUGUAAAAGGAAAAGAUGAGGCUAUGCUAGAGAGUCAAGAGGAAGCCGCUGCUGUCAUAGAGGAGAAAAAAAGCGAAUAUGAAGCUCAUGAAGUAGAGGCAGAAUCACAGGAGCAAAGCAGGGUAGCAGAUAUAACAGGUCAGGAUGACCGAGUGUCAGAGACUGUCCUACAGAAGGAAGUACAGCAUGAAGAUGUGCAAGUCCCCACCACAGUCGAAGCAGAAAUAACGGGGCAGACAGUGGUGGAGCCCAUCGAUAAAGAAGAGGAGAAACAAGCAGAAGAGGAUCUGAAUCAGGGUGCCGCUGAGUUGAGGGCAAAGGACGACGCAGUUCCUGUUGUCAGUCAGGAUUCAGAGACAGCAGUUCCUGUUGUCAGUCAGGAUGCAGAGACGGCAGUUCCUGUUGUCAGUCAGGAUGCAGAGACGGCAGUUCCUGUUGUCAGUCAGGAUGCAGAGACGGCAGUUCCCAAGAAGUGUGUGGAAGAUCAUGGCGAUGGGACGGUGAGUGGAGAGCUAGAAUCACAAGAAGCCCCUGCUGAGGAUGGUAUGGCCACAGAGACAGGCGAUCCCAAGGCAAGUGAUACAGAAACCGAGGCGAAGGCCCAGAAUGUGUCCACGGGAUGUCCGUCGGCCACAGAUGCCGAUUCUGUGGCGACCAAGAAGACCAUGGGACAAACGGCCAUCAGCGGUGUCUUGGAGGUCACCGGAGCAGUGAUCCUGGAGAAGGCAAGCGAGCUGCAGCCUGUGUCGUCGGAGCAGACUGCCACGUCAUGAAAUAGCCGGCCCGGAGGAGCGAUUCCCUGCGAGAGAGGAGGGUCCGAAGGGGAACCGCGAGCCGGUUCUGGAGAUACGCACUCACGCCGCGCCAGCAACUGAGCGAGUGACACCCCCGCCCACACACACACAGCUGCUCCGUCUCCCUGCCUGUUUGCUCGCUCAGGGGGCUCCACCAAUAGCUCUACUCACAGCCCUACGCAGUUCCACCCCGGUCCAGCCUGAUGCUUUUCUCGGCUAGUGAACAAAUAUGAUGUAUACCUGCUGUGACACCCCCCUUCCCAAAAUCCCACCCAAUUCUGCUGCCUCGUCUGCUUGAGUUGCUACAACUGUCCCGUGAAGAGAGUCGUGAAAGACGUAUGUAUGUUUCCAGAGCUGGGGGGGGGGCACUUUCUUGUAUAUUGUAUUUAUAUCUGAACUAAGCUGACACUCCCACCUUCGUUUUUGUAUUUAUAUUAUUUUGACAAUGAUUCUCAAAGCUCUCCUGCUGCUUUAUGAGCAUAAAGGUAUUUUUUGUUUUCCCACUGAGGCUUCAUGGUACAGACAUGCGCGUUCCAAUAACUUGUUUUUGAAACACAAAAAAAACCCAAAAAAACAAAAAACAAACCCUGAGACCAAUGUGAAAGGAGCACCACCUCUGAGCGGCAGCAUUCCGCGGUAACAGUGUGGACCGUGUGCAUGAACUGUUCUGUGAACGUCAGCAGCUUCUCUCUGGCAUCUUCUGAUCCAUCCAGUCUGCUGUAGGUUCGCCCUGCUACUGAAAUGCUAGUGCCUGCUCUCCGUAAAGUAGUACGUCAAAUUCGGAGAGUGUUUAUUUCCUUGCCAAUAGUGCAACACGGUAGAAAAUGUAGAAUAUAGAAAAAAAAAAUCGUUAUUCUUGCUAUAAAGAUUUUAAUGUACACCAUCCUCUUUAAAGGUUUUUUUUUUAAAUAAAAAAAUAAUUAAAAAAUUAAUAAAUCCAUGUAGAUAUCCGUGCACAUCAGGGGACUUGGAAGUGUAGCUUUAGCAUUGUUUCAAUAAUGUGAAGGGGUAUGUUUAAAGAUUAAGCUUAGUGAGUGAGACACUGAAAACACUGCGUUGCUGAAAAAUGUAGCGGACCGAAUUGUAACUGUAUGGAUGUACAGAUCACGUUGAUGUCUGCGGUUUGGGCCCAUGUAUGGUGAACACUGCACUCCAGUCUGCAGGUGAGCCUAGGCGUUUUAUUUGGGGGGAUUACAGAUGUUAUUACCACGUAGCUGGAUGAUCGAUUUCAAAGCAGCGUUGUCUAUAUUGGGCUUGCAAGUUUUGUGUCACACUGGAAAUGUGUGGUGCUUUUGUGCCCCCUAAUGGCGACAUAUCAGAAACAUCUUGCUGCAGGGCUUUAGACAGGAUAGCGCAUAGUCAUAGGAUUCAUUAAAGGAUGGACGUUAAGAAUCUGUUCAUACCUUGCACAGGUAACUGUCUCGUGCCACGCAAUUGAGGUUAGAAGCUCAAAGGCGAUCCCAAAUACACUCCUCCCACGUCACAGGCUGCAUUUUUGACAAAGAGUCAUCGAUUACAAACCACAGGGUUUGGAGCUCGUAAGCGAAUCAAACUGUUAUGUCAUGGGUUUCGGGAGGUAGCAUGGAACUAAAACAUAGCGCCUGGCUGAGCUUUUGUAUGAGGACGAAGACAGACGAUGCCGUUAGCAGGCUGAACAAAGACAGCGGGGAGCGCCAUCUCUGUGCUAGUUAUUGUUCUGGUCGCGGAUUUAAUAAAAGUCUUAGCACGGAGAACACUGUGCACACUGUGCACAGCACCCCACACCGAAACAGAACGAUGCCGUCAUUAGUUUUCUAACUGUUCAGCUAGGCGAGCUGGCCCCGGUCGACCCGAAAGCCGCAGCGACCCACUCCACCCUCCUCUCCACCCAGCGCCCCCUCGCAUUCGACUUCUGACGUUCCUCACGCCACUCUGAGCUUUUUGUAACAAAAUUAAAUGUGAACCUGGUAACCUUUGUACAAACUGUAUACCUCUAUACCUUAAAUCACAUUGUAAUAACAUCGAGUAACUCUUAAACGUGAUAUAUAACAAGCAUGAAAUUAAAUCCUGUCUUUUAUAUUUACAUGCUGUUAAUAUGAAUAUGAAAAUCAUGUCUAAAACUUCCUUCCAAUAAACUUAGCCUUACAGAA